AUGUCAGUCCGGCGGCGUGCGUCCUCAGUCUCGCUCUCGCGGUACGCCCGCCCUGGCACUCCGGACUAUGUGACUCCGCCCGGCGACUUCUGCAAUGCCUUCUGGGGACUUGGAGACAGCGGGGUGGAUGUUCUCUUUGCGCGCAUGCGGUGCGCGAUGACCACGACGGAGGAGCUCAUGAGCUUCUGGAAAGAGAGGGCGAUUUUGGAGGAGCGGUACGCCCGCGGUCUGGCAGACCUUGCGAGGUUCACGAUCGGCAAGCAUGAGAUAGGCGAAAUGCGCGGAGCCCUGGAUACCCUUAAAAACGAGACCGCGAAACAGGCCGAGGCCCACCUCAUCGUGGCAAACGGAAUCAAGACCGGUCUUGAGACUCCGACGCUGGAGUUCCUUCGGAAACAGCAGCAGCACCGUCGCGAAAAGCUAACAGCGGUUGACAAGGAGCUCAAGAUGAAGCGCAAUCAAGAGGGCUACGUCGUGCGCGCCCGCGAGAAGUACGAGGCGGACUGUAAUCGGAUCAAGGAUUUUGCGGCCCAGUCGGUGCUUUUGCAAGGCGUGGAGUUGGACCGGCUCCGCAUCAAGCACCAACGGACGCUGGAGACGGUGCAGGCGAACCGGCGCGAUUACGCCAACUUCGUCCGUGGGCUGCAGGAGGCGACACAGCGGUGGGAAGACCAUUGGAGAGCGUUCUGUGAUGGGUGCCAGGACUUGGAGGAAGAGCGGAUCGAGUUCCUGUUCAACAACGUAUGGGCGUACACGGAUGCCGUUUCGACUGUCUGCGUCUCGGUCGAUAAUUCAUGCGAAAUUGUUCGCCUUGCGUUGGAACAAUUGGAGACGGAGAAGGAGAUCGGGGCUUUCUUACGCACGUACGGAACCGGGAAUGUCAUGCCUGACCCCCCGCCAUUCAUCGACUUCGAGAAUCCCGACCUGCAAUACGAUCCCUCCCAGCCACCGUCAAGCCACCCUGCCAACUACCCGCGUCAGUCACAUCGCUUCCCCACCGAAGAUGCUGCGAAUCGUAACAGCGUUGGAUCCCCGACGCUGUCAAUAAAUGCUCGGCGAGCAUCAAUGACGUUGUUUCAACCAUCCGCGGUCAACGGCCGCAACGGCACGGCACGCCCUCCCCAGGCAGUUCAAGGUGGAGGCUCGAUACCUCAAUCCCCAAGCAGUCAACAACGCUACUCCGGAGGCUCGAACGGUUCGCAUCCGUCGCAUCCGCCGCAUGCCCCGCCGCAACAGCCGCCACCACCAGUACCGCUGCAACCCCAACCGCAGUACCCUCAUCCUCAGCCCUCGAAUCUAUCAACGCCUGCGCCCGCUCACGUCCCAACUUCAGCACUUGCAACCGCAGCAGCCACCGCUCCAGCAGCACCCUGCCCAGCACGAACCUAUACCCCCAUCUUCUUUUCGCUGUCGCCAGUACAAGCGAUAUUUGGAUACACUGCCACGACGGAAGAAGAGUUCGACUUCCAGAAGGGCGACAUCAUCGCCGUCACCGCCACUCCCCCAGACGGCUGGUGGAGCGGAGAGCUGCUGGACGACACUCGACGGCAGCCAGGCCACAACGUCUUCCCAAGCAACUUCGUCGCGCUGCUGAUGUGA